GGGCGAUGCACCGCCGCCGCUGCUGCUGCUGACGGGACGGAGAAAGGACGCUCGCACGAAGAUGGCUCGAAGUUUCGUGGGAUCCUCCGCUGCCACCGCGCUCCUGUGCCUGCUGACAGCAGCCCUGGGUGAUUUGCAUCCAACCUCCCAUCAAAACCUCGACGCUUUCUGCCUACGAAAAUUACAAUCCCACGACAGUUGAUGGAGAGAGAGAAGCAAGGUGCUGGUCCAGCCUCCUCAUCACAGGACAGGCUGUCAUACGUCAUUCAGAUAGGGGGACGUGACCAUGUCAUUCACCUGACAAGAAAUAAAGACUUCAUUGUGAAGGACUUCACAGUGUUCACUUACGGAGAUGACGGGAAUCUCGUCUCAUCUCGGCCAGACGUUCAGAGCCACUGUCAUUUCCAAGGAUUUGUGGAAGGGAUAGACCGUUCCAUGGUUACUGUUAGCACCUGUGAUGGGCUCAGAGGUCUAUUGCACACAUCCAAAACGCAUGUAAUUGAACCCCUGGAGAACUCCAGUACCUUCCAGCACCUGGUUUAUCAGAUGGAGGAUAUACUGGAAAAGCCUUUGGCUUGUGGUGUGUCCAAUGAGACUGACUUCGUGCCCCAGAAUGAUUACGAAGGCACAGAGCAGCAGUCGCACGAUGGACACAGCCUAACGAGCCUCCUGCGUUACAAGCGGGCCAUACUGCCUCAGACUCGAUACAUUGAGUUGUUUCUGGUUUGGGACAAGGAGCUGUAUGAUGCCAUCAAGAAUGAGACGGCUGUGAGGGAACAGGCAGUGCAGCUUGCCAAUUGCCUUGACGGGAUAUACAGAACCUUGAACAUUCGAGUCGUGUUGGUUGGUUUGGAGAUCUGGACAAAUAGAAAUCAAAUCAGCAUAGAAGGAGGAGCGGGCGAAGUGCUUGACCGAUUUGUGCAGUGGAGAGAGAAGGACUUGCUGCCACGACGCAGACACGACAGUGGGCAGUUAAUUCUGAAGAAGAGAUUUGGCGGAGUUGUAGGAAUGGCAUUUGUGAGCACCAUCUGUACAGGGAAGCCACCAGUGGAGGAAUCAAUGUGGUACGGAGUCAUUUCUCUAACUAUCUUUUGCUUCAUCGUUGCUCAUGAGUUGGGCCACAACCUGGGAAUGAGCCAUGAUAAUGGCCGCAGCUGUCGCUGUGAAGCAGAGAGCUUGUAAUGAAUUUCUGGGGCCUCGAACGCCGUGAAUUUCAGCAGUUGCAGUGCUGAUGAUUUUGAAGCAAUGAUCAUGAACAAAGGAGGCUCCGUGCUUGCUGAAUGUCCCAGGCCUGAGGAAGAGUACAGUCCUCCCUUCUGUGGCAACAAGUUGGUGGAUAGCGGAGAAGAAUGUGAUUGUGGAUCGCCAGAGGAGUGUAAAAACGACCUGUGUUGUGAGGCGUCCACUUGCAAACUCAAGUACGGAGCAGAGUGUGCAACGGGGGUCUGCUGCAGAAAGUGCCGGUUCCUGGCCGCUGGAACGGUGUGCCGAGCCUCUGUAAAUGAAUGCGACCUUCCAGAGUACUGCAACGGAACAAGCCACAACUGCCAGGCUGACGUGUUUGUGCAGAAUGGGCAUCCAUGUCAACGCAACAGCUCCUACUGCUACAACGGAGUCUGCCAGAGCUACGACAGCCAGUGUGUGGCUCUGUUUGGUCAGAGCGCAAAGUCUGCUCCACACAAGUGUUUCCAGGAAGUGAACUCUAAAGGUGACCGAUUUGGAAACUGCGGCACGAGUGGUGCAAACUACAAGAAGUGUGAGAUCAGGAAUUCUAUGUGUGGGAAGUUGCAGUGCGAGAAUGUGAACUCUAAGCCUGUCUUUGGCAUCAUGCCUUCCAUCAUCCAGACGCCUAUUGGUGGGACCACGUGUUGGGGGGUUGACUUUAGGAUGGGGUCGGACGUUCCUGAUCCUGGCAUGGUAAACCCAGGCACCCGAUGCGACGCAGGCAAGGUCUGCAUGAAUUUCAAGUGUGUGGAUGUCUCUAUCCUGAACUAUGACUGCGAUGUGGAGGUGAAGUGCAAUGGCCAUGGUGUGUGCAACAACAAUAAGAACUGUCACUGUGCGAAAGGUUGGGCGCCUCCUGAUUGUACAAAAACUGGAUACGGUGGGAGCAUUGACAGUGGACCAACGUACAAUGAUAAGGACACAUCGCUACGGGACGGACUGCUGAUUUUCUUCCUGCUAGUGGUUCCACUGGUUAUUUUGCUCGUGUACUUGUUUACAAAAAGGAAUGAGUUGAAACGAAAAUUCUAUCAAACACGAAGUUCGCAAAGGCACAAGUCUGAAAGCACAGGAGGGCCACGAAAUGCUCCCAAUAACUUGGCUAAGGAAGGGGUCCAAUUAUUACCCAGCCAACAGGUUGUUCCAACAAGAACAGCAGUGCCAACAUAUGUAAACAGACCACCACAGCUGUCACCAUCCAGGCCAGCACCCGCUCGACCUGUGCCUUCAAGACCUGUUCACCCGCCUCAGAGGGUCUAGGUUACUAUUACACUUGCACCGUACCUACUCUGUACAGGUAGUUCCAUGAUCAGUGCUCAGUAAACUCUGCUCCUGCCAUACUCCCUGAGUGUCAAUGACUUCUCUAUCUGAGCAGACAGAUCAGCAGGGUUUCCUGCACAAUACGUACGGAAUUGGUUUAUUAUUGUCACAUGUACCGAGGUACAGUGAAAAUCUUGUCUUGCAUACCGUUCAUACAGAUCAAUUCAUUAUACGGUGCAUUGAGGUAGUACAAGGGAAAACAAUAACAGAAUGCAGAAUAAAGUAUAACAGCUACAGAGAAAGUGCAGUGCAGGUAGACAAUAAGGUGCAAGGUCAUAAUGAGGUAGAUUGUGAGGACAAGAGUCCAUCUUAUUGUACUAGGGAUCCAUUCAAUAGCCUUAUAACAGCAGGAUAGAAGCUGUCCAUGAGCCUGGUGGUGUGCGCUUUCAGGCUUUUGUAUCUUUUGCCCGAUGGGAGGGGGCAGAAGAGAGAAUGCUGGGGGUGGGGUCAUUGAUUAUAUGCUGGCUGCUUCAUUAUUCCUCAAGAAAACCACGUGUCUGCUGUUGCCAAUCUCUGAAGGAAAUUGCAACUGAAUACCUCCUACAUGUCUCUUUUUUUAAAAUCAUGAUUGUCUGAAGUGAUUGCGAUAUAUCUUUUAUUUACUUUGGAGAAACCCUGACGUUUCAACAUACUGGCCACCUGUGGUCACCAACCAUCAGAUAUGCGAAUGCCCAAUCGCACAGAAGGGGAUGAUCCAUUACUACUGAGGACUAAUUUAUUUUACAUGUUUUAAAAAUGCAAUGCAUAACAGCAGUUGGUGUGGUCCCACUCCAAUCUUUUGUUACCCAGCAGAAGAAUUUGGGAUUGAAGCUUCCAUUGCAUUGGUUUGGUGACAAGGUUAAGAGAUCCGCUCACGGAUGGCCAACUCUGUGAAACUCCAGCUUCUCUGUAUGGCUGGGGUGUUACUACAUAUGCAGUGGCAUCUGUGAGUGUGUGGAACUUCCAUCUCAUGAACUACUUGUGGGGGAACAGUCCUUCGCUCCACAUCCAGUGUAACAAAGGGACCUGCCUUCGCUGUGGACCCUGCUUCAAGUUUAAAAAGGGACCCCUUGGAGGCAGCCUCCUCCCACCCUGGAACUCCCCCCCCAACCCUUUCCACUGGUCACGAGCCUGACUCCUCCCCCACCAACCCCGGCCACAAACCCAAACUUCCUCAUCCCAUUGGACAGAGCUCCCAAUGACCUCCCCCUCACCACCCCCUUGCCCUCACCACCCCUCCGGUCCAUGACCCCAGCCAUUGAACACUUCUUCCUGGGGAGGCGAGGGUGCCAGGAAUAUCUCAGCCUGAGUCUCCCUCCGUUACCUGUUUAGAAGUGCUUGUGUUGCCUGCAAUUGAUUACAUUUGUCUUUUCCAUCCAAUACAACUGUACAACACUUCCUGCUUAACACACGCCUACUAUUGAACUGCGUGCACCAAAGGUGACAACUCUUAUACCCUUGCUAUCUUUGUGCUACCAUUUCCCUCCACACUUUUGUUCCCCAACUGAAAUUCCACAAAUGAAAUGCAGUGCUAGAUAACCCUGGCGAUGUAACUGACGGCGAGGUUUGGAUGGUUGAGGUCUUUCUACAUCCUCUUCACUGGAUAUGUGUCAUACUGUUAAUUAUAAGUAUGAGCCUCUAUCCUACCACCAUGUGGUGUGUCAUUGCCUUGUGUGUUAAACCAACAGGUUGAAAGUUAAUCCUUUGUAAUGUGGGAAUAGCCAGCUGUAAAAUUAGUCUGCAUAUGCAAAUGAAGUAAUUCCGGCACCCUCAUUUGCUGUGAUAUUGAACAUUUUAUUUCAAUGGCAUUCUCUUUCAGUGAGGUUUUAGUGGAAGUCUCAUACUUGUGCAGUGCGUAAUUCUUGUGCCAGAUACAUUGAAGGUUCUUUAUAACUCCUGAUGAGCUCUUGGACUCUGUGUAAACCACAUGCUGUUUGUAGCAGAUUCAAAGCUAGCAUUUUUAACCAAAAAGGUUUGUUGCCUGCCACAGAUGAGUGCAAUAUUUGCACUAGUAAUGGUCAUACCUGGCACAAACUGCAUGUCAAGUACUUAUUAGUCAUUAUUUUCACAAUGUGAUGACUCAGGUUUUCACUCAUUUGAUCAGUAUUUCUGACACUUGUACAUAUUCUGUAAAGCCAAAUGGUCUUUGAAUCUACAAUGAAGAGAAACAUUAAACCAAAUUUACCCUGUGAUUUGGGAUGUGGUUGUACACACUGAAGGCCAGGAGGGAAUCCACUGAUGGUCAUUGAAGUGUACUGGACUAAUAUUGUUACGGCCCUGGGCCACAUAAAGGAAAACCUUUAACUGCUACUAUUAUUUUAAAAAAUAAUAAAUUGAUCUCCCCAAAUCCUUCCAUUCACAAAUGAAACCCAGUCUGCACUGCUUUAAAUCUGCAGAUCUUAAACUGAUUUUUUUUCAGGAGUUUGCAACAGAAUGCCAAAUUAAAAAUGUUCAGAAAGCUGGCCCAGUAGUUUGCUAAUUUUGGGUUCCUGCAACAGGAGAACAUUUAAUUUCUAUUAGAUCUCCAAUUGACAGAUAAACAACAUUCUAAAUUCCAUUAGGUGGAUUUUUUUUUAUAAAGGCUAUCUUGAGCAUGAAUUUUAAAUCCAAGUUUAAGACAGUUAUUGGAAUUCAAGUUGGAGGUUGCAAAGGUGGCAAGAUAUUUUUGGGUCUUUGUCGUCUGAAUUUCAUGGAAAUUCAUCGGAGUACUGAAAUACCCUCCAGGCAUGUUGUAUUUUGUAUCAAUGGCAAUGAUGCAAAGACUGUACCUUAACUAUGAACUGAGUGAUCCACUAGUGACCUUUCAGAGAGCGACAGGAUGUUGCAGCCAAAAGCUGGAUGUUUUUACAAGUGUAUUAUCUAUUUUUAGAUUUCACACAUAUAUAUUAUACAGAUGAAUUUAAGUGACGCCCUAGGAGUGAGUUGGAACUUGGAAUCUAACUCAUGGUGUUUUACAGAAUCUUUGGAGAGAGCCUUGUUGGACACUGCAGUUGCUCCCUGGGAUACCCACCAUUGUAUAUCCUAUAGCUUUCUUCACCUUGAAUUUUUGCACUUUUUGUUUUAAAAAUGAUUAGUGUAUAUCAUUUUCAAAAAUACUGAUUAUUUUUUCUUAAGAGAUGUAAAGAAGUUAUGCACACAUGGAUUACAGAUGGCUUUUAUUUAAUCUGUACAAAGGACAAUGAUGCA